GACCCGUUUUAGAUGACUUGUCCCACCUUAUAAUUUGGAUGAGUGGUGACUCUCUUCUUUUUUAUAUUUUUACACUUGAUUUUUUCAAUUUAUUUUGAAAAAAAAUCUUAAGUGGUCGUCAAUAAUCAUUGUUUGGUUUUUGAAGUUGUAUUUUCAAUACGAUUCCAGAUCUGAAACUUUGUCAUUGGGAUCUCUUCUCCUACAAAUUAGAUUGUUUAUCCUCGAUUCUCAGGAUCUUUUUGAGGUACCAAACCUUGGUAUUUUGAUUCUGGUUGUUGUAACCAUAUGUCUUCAAUUACUGCUCAUUUCUCUUCAAUGUCACCAAAUAAUUCAUUUCCUGAUAUUUAUUCUGUUGAUGGUACCCCUAUGAAUGACCCAUGGACAAGACAACUUCUUGGAACUGGUCAUAAGCUCGGAUAUACCUCAGUUGGUAAACUUCGUCCACUUAUCUCUUAUGGUUUGUUAGGAUCAGUUUCAAAUGAAUCCUUGCAUUGUAUAUCUGAUGAAUUCUACAAUGCCUCACCACAUGCUCCACCUAGUUCUAGAGAAGAUGAUCUGCCUACUGGUAAUGUAUUAGAUAAUUAUGAGCCUUUCUCUACUUCUUCCUCUAUAUCACCUGUUGAUAUUGUUGAGUUUGCAAAUGAGCUUGUUGUCCCAUCUUCAAGUCAUCCUACUAGGAUCAAAACACGAUCUGAUGGUUCUGUGGAACAUUAUAAGGCAUGCUUGGUUGCCAAGAGUUUUACACAAGAGUAUGGCAUAGACUAUGAGGAAACUUUUGCUCCAGUUGCUCGUCUCACAUCUGCUGCUACCCCAGCUCCUGUUGUUCAAAACGAUGCUGCCGAUGGUGACGAUGAUGAGCCAUUGAAUGAAAAUGACGAUGAUGAUUUGGAUGAUGUGGACCAGGGAGAGGAGCGGAACACACAACAUUUUGUUUUGGCUCAGUUUGACAAGGUCACGCGUACCAAGAGCCGAUGGAAGUGCAAACUCAAGGAUGGAAUUGUCCACAUAAACAACAGGGACAUUCUCUUUAACAAGGCAAGGCAAAUGGAGAAUUUGAGUUCUAAUUUUGUUAGAGACAUGCCUAUUUAUCAUCAAGUUGCGGUUAAGGAUCAAAUCUGAGUUGUCUUUUGGUCCUACGUUGGAGCAUAGAGAGAGUAUUUUGCAGGGGAAGAAGCAGGGUCACUUGUGUCUGACGCAUCGAAUCAGGAUACCUUUUCUUGGGCUUCAGUGAUUCUUCCGUACGUUUUUAUCUUAUGUUGUUAUCUUUUCUGUGUUUUUUUAACGUUUUUGUCAAAUGGGCAUUUCUGUCUUGUUGAAUUACUGAUAUUUGCUGUUUUAAGGUUUUAUUAGCAUUUUCUUGAUUCAUUGCGGUGAAAUGAAAUUUAAUGCUUUUG